AUGCUGUUCUUUUGGACGUUUCCUGCAUCUUAUUGCUAUAAGAUGUGAGCAAUGGGUAUCAUUUCUUCAAGCUGCAUCACAUUGUUGAUCUUUGUUAAAGUAUCAUCUUGCUACUUAGGAAUUGAAAUAGAUCAGAAAUUACUUUUAUUCUCUUGAAUACUGCAGAUGGGAGGAAGUAGGGUUUUGAUAAUAGGAGGAACUGGUUACAUUGGUAGACAUGUGACCAAUGCAAGCCUUGCCCAAGGUCACCCCACUUUCCUCCUUGUUAGAGAAAUCACACCUUCCAACCCUGAAAAGGCCCAGCUGCUAGAGUCCUUCACAUCCAAAGGAGCAACUCUGGUUCAAGGGUCCAUAGAUGAUCAUGCAAGCCUUGUAGCAGCACUGAAGAAGGUGGAUGUAGUCAUUUCAACAUUGGGUGCACCACAGAUAGCAGAUCAGUUCAAUCUAAUCAAGGCUAUCAAAGAAGUUGGAACUAUCAAGAGGUUUUUCCCAUCAGAGUUUGGGAAUGAUGUUGAUAAGCACCAUGCAGUGGAGCCUAUGAAGAGUAUGUUUGACUUGAAAAUCAAACUUCGCCGGACUAUUGAGGCAGAAGGCAUUCCACAUACAUAUGUUGUUCCACAUUGUUUUGCAGGCUACUUUCUUACUAAUCUUGCACAGCUUGGGCUAGCUGCCCCGCCAAGGGAUAAAAUUGUUAUUUAUGGAGAUGGAACUACCAAAGCUGUAUAUAUGAAGGAAGAAGAUAUUGGGACAUUCACAAUCAAGGCAGUGGAUGAUCCAAGGACCUUGAACAAGACCCUCUACUUGAAGCCUCCUGCCAAUACUAUCUCCACCAAUGAUCUCGUAGCCCUUUGGGAGGCGAAGAUAGGGAAGACUUUGGUGAAGGUCUAUCUAUCUGAGGAGCAGGUUCUUAAACUACUCCAAGAUACACCAUUUCCAGGGACUUUUAUGGUAUCCAUUUUUCACACCAUUUAUGUGAAAGGAGAUCAAACCAAUUUUCAGAUUGGACCUGAUGGGGUUGAGGCCAGUGCGCUGUACCCAGAUGUGAAAUAUACAACUGUUGAAGAGUACAUCAGUGCAUUUGUAUGAAUCAUAUGAGAUGAUAAAAGUUUAUAUGAUUGAAUAAGUUUUCCUAAGUGCUUGGAAAACCACUGAAUGAGUUUUGAAAUGUACAGGAGCAAAUCACUGAUAAGUUUAGUAUUGUAGAAGGGUAGAUUUAGAGGCAUGUCCAUGACCUUCUCAAGUUGUAGUUGCAUUUUCUGUGAGCAAAUAAAUUUUUAGUUUCAUUUA